AUGCCCCCUAAAAGACGCCGCAUACAAGAUGAAGAUAUUCCUCUCCCACAAACCAUUGUACCCAUUUCGUCGGUUGAAGAAGCACGGCAAGCUCUCUCAAAUGCAUCCACAUCGUUUAUUUUGAACAGUAUUAGAACACUGGCUAUCAAGUAUAACGAAAAACACGACGACGAUUUUUGGGAUGAUGUAGAGCGCUACGAGGCGGCUUUAGAGACCUUACUCGCUGAUUUUCAACAGAGAAAUCAUCUGCCCAGAGGAAUGUUGCAAGGCAUCGAAGACAGAGCAGGUGUUCGACGUGGUUCUUUUCACAGCAAAUACCAGAAGUUCGAUUUUAUCAAUAUUUGGAGAAAUGCCUUGGAUCAAUUCUUGGAACUCAGUGUGCAAGCCAGGCAGUCCGUUGCUGCAAGCUCUUUUGCCGGAAGUUCUACGGCUGAAAGUUCAGCUGCCGCGACAUCUUCUCGACCCCAAGUAUUAGAAGAGCAGAUCUGA